AUGGUUCACUCCCAUCAUACCCAUUCCGGACAAUAUGUGGCUCAUGCAAUUGAUCUGCUAGAUGAUAUGGUGGCAUUAGCCCAUUUGAAAGGUUUCACUACGUUUUGUUUGACUGAGCACAUGCCCCGCCUUGUAUAUCUAUACCCCGAGGAGAUCGAUCGAGAUUAUACUAUUGACUCAUUGUUUGCUACGUUCGAAGAGUAUUUGGUCCACGCCACCCGACUCAAGGAGCAGUAUAGGGGGAAAAUGCAAGUGCUUGUAGGGUUCGAAGUUGAAGGCACCAACACGGACCACUUGGCGUUGGCUAACAAAAUUAGACAAAACCCACUGGUGGAUAUGUGUGUGGGGCUGGUGCAUUUUGUCGAAGAAAUACCCAUUGACUUUGAUAGAGAGUUGUGGGAAGAGGCCUGCCGUAAGUGUGGUGGGGUUCGUCAAUUAUACUUGCGGUAUUUCGAAACGCAACAUGCAAUGUUGAAGGCGGUCAAGCCUGAAGUAGUGGGUCACUUUGAUCUCAUUCGACUUUAUACUAAGGAAGGAGAAGCGCCCACAGAUUUAAAACAGUGGCCGGAGGUAUGGCAACAAAUUCAGACAAACAUCGAUUUGAUCAAUCUCCAAGGAGGCUUAAUCGAAUUGAAUUCAAGUGCCAUACGCAAAGGAUGGCUCACUCCUUACCCCCAAAAUGAUGUUGCUGAGGAAGUAAAGCGACGCGAGGGUCGGUUUUGUCUUUCUGACGAUUGUCACAGUUUGAAACAAGUAGGUCUCAAUUACGGACCGGUUAUCGAUUACGCCAAAGCAAUAGGCAUCGAAUACCUAUAUGAACUUGGUCCCAAUCGCGAGGCGCUGCCUGUUGCUCUUACCGAUGUCAAAAACCUUCACAGCUCUAAUAUCCAUUUGGAAGAUGCCUACAUGAGAUUUGGUAGUCAUCUGAAUUAA